AUGGGUGGUAUCGGCAAAACCACGCUUGCCCAGCUUGUCUACAAUGAUAGCAGAGUCCAAGAUCAUUUUGCCUUGAAGGUGUGGGUAACUGUAUCAGAGGAUUUUGAUGUUUUUAAACUUACAAGAAUAAUUAUUGAGGCGAUCACUUCUCAAAAAUGUGAUAUCCAGGACCUAUAUCAACUUCAAAAUGCACUGAAAACUCUAUUGAUGGGGAAAAGAUUUCUGUUUGUUCAUGACGAUGUUUGGAAUGAAAAAUACGAACUUUGGGAUGCUUUAAGGAGCCCUUUCAACUCUGGAGAUGACGGGAGUAAUAUUAUUGUGACCACACGCAGUGAAAUUGUUGCAUCAAGGAUGGGUACCGUUCCAGCAUAUUCUCUAGAGAUUAUAUCAGAGGACGAUUGCUGGAAGUUGUUUGCUAACCAUGUCUUUGAAAAUAGAGGCUCUCAGAUACAUCCGGAUUUGCAAGAAAUGGGUAAAGAAAUUGUUAAAAAGUGCAAGGGUCUUCCUUUGGCAAUAAAAUCAAUUGCUGGUGUUCUACGCUCGUUAUCAAGUUCGGAGGAGUGGAAAGGGAUACUUGAAAGUGACGUGUGGGAGUUGCAAUUUCAAGAAAACCAGAAGAAUAAUAUUCUUCCAGCAUUACGGUUGAGUUACCAGUGGUUACCUCCACAUCUAAAGCGAUGCUUUGCUUAUUGCUCAAUAUUCACCAAAGAUUACGAGUUUCAUGAAAAGGAUAGAGAAAUUGUAGUCAUGUUGUGGAUGGCGGAAGGACUUUUGCAACCUGAAAGAGGAAGAAGAUUGGAAGAUGUUGGAAAGGAGUACCUAGAUGUUCUAAUAGCAAGGUCCUUCUUUCAACGAUCAAAUAACUGGUUUGGAAAACCAACUCUCCUUAUGCAUGAUCUUGUGCAUGAUUUAGCUAUGCGCAUAUCUGGCGAGUCUUGUUUAAUGUUAAAUGAUUGCCAUGACCUGGAUGGCCUUACAAGCAACACUUGUCAUUUGUCAUACACAAUAGAAUCUAAUGUCAUGAUGAAAUUAGAGGCUUUAUCCAAAACCAAGUGUUUGAGGACCCUACUAGCUUUACCAUUGUCAUAUACCUACGUGCGUAGGUCAAUGUUGACAGAUACUGUCCUGCUUGAACUGUUGCUAGGAGCUGGAGGACGCUUAAGAGCUCUCUCUUUAUUUGAAUCUGCUAUUACAAAAUUGCCAGAUUCAAUCGGUAAUAUGAAACAUUUAAGGUACUUGAACUUAUCACGUACAAACGUCAAAGAAAUUCCCAGUUCAAUUUGUACUCUGUACAACUUGCAAACACUGUUGUUGUCAUAUUGUAAAGCAAUUACAGAAUUGCCAACUAGCAUGUGUUGUUUAAUCAACCUACGUCAUCUCGUGAUCGAAGGAACGAGAUUGAAAGAGAUGCCGCCACAGAUGUGCAAGUUGAAAAAUCUACAGAUGUUAAAUUAUUUUGUCUUGGGUGAAAAUGGUGGUUCUCGGAUCAAAGAGCUGGGAGAACUACAGUCUUUGUGUGGAAGUCUUUGUAUUUUAGGCCUUGAAAACGUGGUGGAUGUUGGGGACGUGAUACAGGCUGAUUUGAAGAACAAAGAGCAGCUUACUGAGCUUAUUUUAGAAUGGAAGUAUGGAGAGACUGAUGAUUCAACAAAAGAAAGACAAGUACUUGAUGCGUUGAAACCGCAUGGAAAGCUGAAGAAACUCAAAAUCAGAGGUUACAGGGGUACUAUAUUCCCAGAUUGGGUAGCACAUAAAUCGUUUAGUGACUUCGUUGAAGUCUCUCUGAUUCAUUGUGAACGUUGUUGCUUGUUGCCCUCAUUUGGGCAAUUACCUUCCCUCAGAAAGCUUGAGAUUGAGUAUAUGAAUGGGUUGGAAAGUAUAGGAGAUGAAUUUUGUGGUACUUCCUUGACCAAGCCAUUUCCAUCCUUAGAAAGCUUAAGAAUCAGUCACAUGGAUUUGUUGGAGAAUUGGUCAUUUGUUGGAGUUGAGCAAAGAGGAGAACUUUUCCCUCGUCUCAAGAAAAUCUAUUUACUUGACUACCGUAUGAAGUGGGAUUUGCAAAGACUCUCCUCUCUUCAAAGCUUAUGGCUCUGUGGAUGUGAAUUUCCAGAGAAACCUUAA